AGGCUUUUAGAUUAAAAGAAUAGAAGCGUUAAACACCCACCUCAAACUAAACAUCCUAUCUGCUGUCAUCACACGCACGCGUGAGUUCUGACGUACUGCUCCCCUCUUGAACAUUUAAUUCAGGGAUCCUCCCUAGUACAGCGGCAGACCGACAGGACAAGCAGAUGCGCUGUUAGCGGAGCUACCGGAUAACGAUGAGUGAUAUUUCAAGAUAAUUAACAAAAUAAUAUAUCAAUAGGUAGGUGACGUGAUCUGCGUUGUUUUACCUGAGUAAUGUAAAGAUGGCGAGAGUGCUCAACAACUUGCUUCUAUUUACAAUCAGACUCACGCUGAAGAUCCGAGUUUUAGGGUAUUGGUCGUUGAUAUACGGUUAUUGUGCCCUCUGCACUGCCGUAGCGCUGCUGAAACUUUGGUGGAGCAUCAUUUUAAGGCCGUCAGCCACCUUUCAGUGGGGAAUUCGCGAAACUCCCCCUGCUUGCUUGAAUGACACGUCCUUGGGAACCCACUGUUACGUUAGAAUAAAGGAGUCUGGUCUGAGGUUUCACUAUGUUGCUGCUGGAGAGAGAGGGAAACCGCUCAUGCUGUUUUUGCAUGGCUUCCCAGAGUUCUGGUUUUCCUGGCGCCACCAGCUGCGUGAGUUUAAGAGUGAGUUCCGUGUGGUGGCCAUUGACAUGCGAGGCUACGGGGAGUCCGACUUGCCGUCAUCCACAGAGAGCUACCGCUUUGAUUACCUGGUCGCAGACGUCAAGGACAUUGUGGAAUACCUAGGUUACAACAGAUGUCACCUGGUCGGCCAUGAUUGGGGAGGAACCAUCGCCUGGCUGUUCGCCAUCCACUACCCCGAGAUGGUCACCAAACUCAUCGUCCUAAACUGCCCCCAUCCAUCUGUCUUCAGUGAUUAUGCCCUGCGUCAUCCCAGUCAGCUGCUCAAGUCCAGCUACUUCUUCUUCUUCCAGCUGUCUCGCUUCCCAGAGCUCAUGCUCUCCAUCAAUGAUUUCAAGGCACUGAAGGGUCUGUUCACCAGCCGUAGUACAGGGAUUGGGAGGAAGGGUCGAUGGCUCACUGCAGAGGACAUGGAGGCCUAUCUCUACGCCUUCUCCCAGCCAGGGGCCCUCACCGGGGCCCUCAACUACUACAGGAAUGUCUUCAGUUCCCUCCCACUCAGCCAGAAUGAUGUCAUGUCCCCGGUGUUGUUGUUGUGGAGUGAGAGAGAUGCCUUCCUGGAGCAGGAGAUGGCUGAGGCGUGCCGUGUCUACAUCAGGAAUCACUUCCGACUCAACAUCAUCUCCGGGGCCAGCCACUGGCUACAGCAGGACCAGCCUGACAUCGUCAACACACUCAUAUGGACCUUCCUCAAAGAGGGAGAGGGCCGCAAAACCUACAGGAACUGAAUCUAGCUAGGUCUACAUCCCAAAUGGCACAAUUUCUUCCUAUACAGUGACUUACUUCUGACCAGAGCCCUACGGGUCCUGGUCAAAAGCAGUGCACUAUAUAGAGAAUAGGGUGCCAUUUGGAUACUCUAAAACAGGGCCUCCUCCCUCCCUCCCUCCCCACCAGCCACCCCUACCAUAGAACGGGGCCUCUUCCCUCCUUCACUCCCUCCCUCUGUCCCCACCAGCCACCUCUACCACUAGAAGCCUGGAAUAUUCCUGUGAAAAAACAACCAAUAUAAUGACAAUGCAAUCAUUCUUUAAAUCUUUGCACAUUUCAGAUAUUUUUUUUACUGUCAAAAGAAAGUGAAAGAGAAAAAAAGCACAUUUUAUUGAGAGGACACUGAGUAGUACAGUAGUAUGUUUGACACAUAUUCAGUACUCUUUUGCACAUGACAUCUGCCUUAAAGUUUGUAGGUUACAACAUUACAAAUGUGUGGCAAAAUCUUGUGAGUUUGUAUUGUGUGGUGCCUUUAAAUGUAAUGUUGUAUAAUGUUUUGCGGCGUUGUAAAAUUGUGCCAUGUCUUCUGAGGUUGAGCUGUGGCUUUUGUCUGCUAUGUGUCACUGGAUUGCUCCUCACUAUUUUGGACACAAUUCUUUGAGAUCCCUCUUUUCCCACACCCUUGGUUUUGUCCCAAAUGGCACCUUGUUCCCUAUUUAGUGCACUGCUGUUGACCAGGGCCCAUAGGGCUCUCUUCAAAAGUAGUGCACUUUACAGGGAAUAGGAGGUCAUUUGGGACGUAAACGCAGACCCUCUAUCAGGUAGCGUUGUCUUACAGAAAAUAUUGUUAUUUUUGUAUUUUUUUGAUUAUUUACUCAGAUAUUUGAGAAUGUUAUUAUGAGAUUCCUGUAUAUAACAACAGUGAUGGUUCAAUAUUGUACAUUUUUUUGAAUCUCUUCCUACACACUGCAUUUUGAAAUCCACUGAGCCAGGUCUGCACCAUUUUGAUUUUUUAAGCAAAUAAACUAUAAUGUGAA